CCAAAUCAAAAAAGAAUUCCACUUUCCUUACGGCUCGUAAGAUUGUUUUGCAGAAUCAUGGCCGUCGCUACUGCCUCCGCGAAGAAGAAAACUGCCGGGGCUAAGAAACCGAAAGCUGCUUCUUCUCAUCCUCCAUUUCUCGAUAUGAUUUCAGAUGCAAUUCUUUCAUUGAAAGAGAGAACCGGAUCGAGCCAGUAUGCAAUUGCGAAAUUCAUUGAAGAAAAGUAUAAGCAGUUGCCCUCGAAUUUCCGAAAGAAUUUACUUGUUCAGUUGAAGAAGUUCGUUGCUUCUGGAAAGCUCGUCAAGGUCAAAGCUUCCUACAAGCUCCCUGCGGCCUCCGCCGCGAAGCCUAAAGCUGCUACCUCUGCUUCUGCGAAAUCGAAGCCUAAAGCUGCCACCUCUGCUACUGUGAAAUCGAAGCCUAAAGCUGCCACCUCUGCUACUGUGAAAUCGAAGCCGAAGGUAGCAGUAAAAGCUGCGGCAAAACCGGAAGCGAAACCGAAAGUUGCAACGCCUGUUAAGGCAAAGGCUAAAGUUGCGGCGAAACCCAAGGCUAAAGCUAAAACUAAAGCAGUGACUAAGCCAACUAAGGCGGCGAAAACGGCCAAAACAAGUACGCCGGCGAAGAAAGUAAAUACUCCGACGAAGAAGAAGGCCGUGGUGGCGAAGAAGCCUAAGAGUGUGAAAUCGCCGGCUAAGAAAGCGGCAAAGACGGCGAAGAAAUGAGGUGGAUGUUUUUAUUUUUUUGCAAAAUAGUUGUAAAUUUGGUGGUGAUUUAGGGGUAGUUUUGGAAUUCUGGACUGAUACGUCUAUAUAAAUAUUUAUCUGAUGUA